CCGAUGAACCCUCACCUACGAGAAUUCCACUGCAGCUUUGAAGAUAGCAACAUUUGUUUAUUUACGCAAGAUGCGCAGGACAACUUCGACUGGACGAGACAAAACAUUAUCCUCAGAGACACCAAGUACACCCCAAAUACAGGGCCCACUGCCGACAGGUCUGGCUCAAAGGAAGGAUUCUACAUGUACAUUGAAGCUUCCAGCCCCAGGAAGGAAGGAGACAAGGCCAGACUUAUUAGCCCAAUUUUUAGCAUCCCUCCCAAAAACCCCUACGGGCCAACGACCACGGCGUAUUGCUUCAGCUUCUACUACAACAUGUACGGACAGCAUAUAGGAACCUUGAAUGUUUUCCUACGGUUAAAAGGUCAGACCGGACUCGAAAGCCCCUUCUGGUCUUCGAGCGGCAACAAAGGACAGCAGUGGUUUCAGGCCCGGAUGAAUAUUCAGCCAAACACGUCGUUUCAGAUUGUUUUUGAAGGGAUCCGUGGCCGAGGGAUGGAAGGAGACAUCGCCAUCGAUGACAUUUCCAUUGUGGAAGGGGAGUGCACAAAAUCAGACUACAUCAACAACCAUAUACCUUCUGGUGCUGUUAGGACGCUGCCACAUAUACGGAUUCUCCCACUUUUCCUGCUCAUGUCUGUCUUAAGUCAUCAAAGGUGACCUUAUUGCGGCAGAGGCUACAACACAGACGUUCCACGCACUGGCAUGAAGAAAAGAGUCUUUGUAAAACAAACAUUUAAAACAAAAAACAAAACAAAAACUACCAAAGAUUCCUCUACUGACUGACUCAAACCACGAAAAAAAAAAUUAAAAAUCAAACUUAAAAAAAAGUAUAUAUAUAAAAAGAAGCGUUGGGAGUUUAUUAAAAAUAAAAAAAAGACGAAUGGACGAAGAAGGGAUUACGGGCGCAUCACCGUACCACGGACCACGCGUUGAAGCGAAGGGGAGACACCUUCAGGUGAGGAACCGACCGAAAGGGAAAGCGAGAAGGGACUCAGCAUCCGUUGGAAGGACUCUGUCGAAAGAGCUCUAGAAUUCCUUGUCAAAGCACAAAGUCAUGGCUUGUUUCGUUUCAAGUGAACCAGUUUGCUUGUCGCCAUGGACACCGAACGGCCUGCCGAAAGCGAGAUUUCGUUUUUACGAGAAAAAGGAGGAAAGAGAAACAAAACCCUACACCUCACUGUAAAACAGGGUACGAGAGGGGCUGGCGUUUUUUUCUUCCCCCUUUUCACACCAGGUUUUUUGCGUCGAGUUCAGUACAAGUUGUGGGCCCUCUUUCUGCCUCUCGCCGCUGCCUUCUGCGGGAAGCGAUACCCCCCCGGACACCUGAGCUGUUGAAGUCAUUCUGUUUCAGUUCUUCAUGGCAAUGCUAGACAGCACUGUGCAGCCUCCUCUUUGCAUGCAUUACUUAAUUCCGGGGUCAUUGCCUAUGGCGACAACACGGAUUUGUCCAGAAGGAGUUUGCUUCGCGACCACUCUUUGAACAUACGCGGUGGACACCCCACCCGACCAUCUCCGAGGCCACCCCCCGGCGACCACUCCCCAGUCCCGCUCCCGUCUAAACCAUCCGUUCUAACCAAGUGACAAAACCAAACUACCAUCUUUUUUUCUAAAAUGCCAUGGAAACCAAGUGCCUUCAAUGAUAACAAGCCUGAGA